GCGACUGGACGCUAUUGCCUACAUUAUUUUUUUCAGAUAAAAUUUCGGUUGUAUUUGAAAUUUAUUCUUUUAAAUUAAAAGUGUUCGACAAGAAAAUUAAAAAUAUCGCGUAAAAAUGUCUGUGCGUUUUAUAUUUUUGGUGCUUUUGUUGAUAUUUAAUGCAACAAAUGAAAUCAGUGGUCAGUUUUCGUUUGAAUUCAUGCAAGCGCCAAUUACAGAUACAGUAAAAUUUAAUCAUCAAUAUGACUUUAUCAUCAUUGGCGCCGGAUCAGGUGGCUGUGUAAUGGCGAAUAGACUUAGUGAAAAUCAUAACUGGAAAGUAUUACUCUUGGAAGUGGGUGACGAAGAAUCAGACUUUUUAACUGACGUCCCACUAACAGCCGCGGUGACAGUGUUGACAAGACACAAUUGGGGCUAUCGAACAGAACGAACGAAGAAUGCAUGUUUACAUUUGAGUGGUGGCGUGUGCUAUUGGCCAAAGGGUCGAGCUUUGGGUGGGACAAGUGUUAUAAAUUACAUGGUAUUCAAUCGUGGUCAUGCCGAAGAUUAUAAUCGAUGGGCUCGAGCUGGAAAUGAUGGUUGGGGCUAUCGUGAUGUACUGCCAUAUUUCAAGAAAAUGGAACGCAUUGGCAUCGAAGAAUUUAAAACAUCAAAGUAUCGAGGACGCAAAGGAAAUGUUGACAUUCAACAUCCUGCGUAUCACAGUAAAUUAUUGGACGCUUUUCUGGAAGCCGGGAAAGAGUUUGGUUACGAAGAAAAUGAUCCAAAUGAUGAGAAAAUGUUGGGAUUUUCACAAGUUCAGGCAACAACUCGAAAUGGACGUCGCUGGAGUGCAGCCAAAGCAUAUUUGAGACCAAUUAAAAAACGAGCAAAUUUGUUUGUAUCGAUGCGCAGUUGGGUGACCCGUAUUUUAAUCGAUCCUAAAACAAAAGUUGCUUAUGGUGUUGAAUUCAUUAAAAAUCGACAAAUAUAUCGUGUGAAUGCUACUAAAGAAGUAAUUCUAUCGGCCGGAGCUAUAGCAUCGCCUCAAAUACUCAUGCUUUCGGGAGUUGGACCAGCAAAACAUUUACGCGAUCUUCAUAUACCAAUCAUUAAAAACUUAAAAGUUGGCUACAAUUUACAGGAUCACGUGGGUUUGUCCGGUUUGGCUUUUGAGGUCAAUGAACCAAUUACAAUCAGCGAAAACAGCGUUCAAAGCAUUAGUGCAAUUUUUAGCUAUUACAUUCUUGGAAGAGGUCCAUUUACGCUUCCCGGCGGCGCAGAGGGUCUUGCAUUUGUUAAAACACCAAAUUCUACAUUGGCAAAAAAUUACCCCGAUAUUGAAUUGGUACUAGGCGCUGGAGCUUUGAACGGUGAUAUGAGUGGUUCAAUGGCGAAUAUGUUGGGCAUUCCAAAAAAUUUCGUUAAAGAAGUGUACGCUGACAUAAUGGGAAAAAAUGCGUUUAGCUUAGUCCCAAUAAUAAUGCGUCCGAAAAGUCGUGGACGACUCCGCUUGAAAAGCAAGAAUCCAUUCCAAUGGCCAAAAAUGGAACCCAAUUAUUUGGAUCAUCCCGACGAUCUCAAUACUCUAGUUGAAGGAGCGAAAUUUGCGCAAAAAUUGGGCGAAUCUGCAAGUUUUCAACAAUACAACAGCCAAUUAAAUCGUCGACCAUAUUUGGGUUGUGAAAAAUACGAAUUUGGUUCAAAUGACUAUUGGAAAUGCUGCAUAACUGGAUACACUUCAAGUUUACAGCAUCAGGUUGGUACGUGUAAAAUGGGACCUUCAACCGAUGCAAAUGCCGUAGUCAAUCCUCAGUUACAAGUCUAUGGUAUCGAUCGUUUGCGUGUUGUUGAUGCCUCAAUUAUGCCAGACAUUCCAGCCGCGCACACCAAUGCGGUUGUAUUUAUGAUUGGCGAAAAAGCGGCUGAUAUGGUGAAAGAUACAUGGUCGUGAUUGAUAUUAUUCAAUCGAAGUGCUAACGCAUGGCUUAGAAUUAAUCAUUUGUAAAAAUAAUUUCGUUCAUUUUUACGAUCGAUCAUAGUGUUUUUUUU